CCGUCCCUCUUUCCCUUCCCUGUCUGUGAUCGGCGGUGGCGGCUCCAGCAACGGCUGGGCCCCAUCUGUGAAGAGGCCUUGGCCAACGAUAACGGGGACACCUCGGAGCUCGCAGGGCGGGGGGAAGGCCCGGGCCUUGGAGAUGGAGAAUUCCCAGUUGUGUAAGCUGUUCAUCGGCGGCCUCAAGGUGCAGACGAGUGAGUCGGGCCUGCGCGGCCACUUUGAGGCCUUUGGGACCCUGACGGACUGCGUGGUGGUGGUGAACCCCCAGACCAAGCGCUCCCGUGGCUUCGGCUUCGUGACCUACUCCAGCGUGGAGGAGGCCGAUGCCGCCAUGGCCGCCUCUCCCCAUGCCGUAGACGGCAACACGGUGGAGCUGAAGCGGGCGGUGUCCCGGGAGGAUUCGGCGCGGCCCGGUGCCCACGCCAAGGUGAAGAAGCUCUUUGUCGGGGGCCUGACAGGAGACGUGGCCGAGGGCGACCUGAUGGAGCACUUCUCGCGGUUCGGCACCGUGGAGAAAGCCGAGAUCAUUGCCGACAGGCGGUCCGGCGAGCCGCGCGGCUUCGGCUUCGUGUACUUCCGGAAUCACGACGCGGCGGACAAGGCCGCAGUGGUCAAGUUCCAUCCGAUCCAGGGCCAUCGCGUGGAGGUGAAAAAGGCCGUCCCCAAGGAGGAGAUCCACUCCGGCGGGGGCGGCUCCCGGUCGGGCCGAGGUGGCCGGGGCGGCGGCGGUCGCGAUCAGAACGGCCUGUCGAAGGGCGGCGGCGGCGGCUACAACAGGUACGGUGGUUACGGCGGCGCCUACAACAGGUACGGUGGUUACGGCGGCGCCUACAACAGCUACGGUGGUUACGGCGGCGGCUACAACAGGUAUGGUGGUUACGGCGGCGGCUACGAUGCCUACGGAGGCGGCGGCGGCGGCGGUUCGUCCUACGGCGGAAGCGACUACGGUGGCGGCUUCGGCAGCUACAAUCAGCACCAGUCCGCCUACGGGCCCAUGGAGAGCGGUGGCCGAGGCAGCAGCUGGGGCGGUCGCAGUAACAGCGCACCUUACAGAGGUGGCUAUGGCGGUGCGGGUGGUUAUGGAGGCAGUUCCUUCUAA